UAAUAAAUUUAAUUGAUUUAUUAUUAAAAUAAGAUAUAUCAUUACAUUUUUGAUGUUUUUUUUAAUAUAAAAAAGUGAAAAUGGCUUCAACAAAAGUUCCAGGACAAAAAGUGAUACUUUGUGGAGAAUAUGGCGUAGGAAAGAGUUCAAUAUUUAGAAGAUUUACAAAUAAUACUUUUGUUACUGCAACAGAUAGAAAAUCAACUCUAGGAUUAGACCAUUUUGACAAAAUCUACACUGUGAAAAACAAUGAUAUUAGACUACAGCUUUGGGAUACAGGUGGAAUGGAACGAAUUGCUUCUAUUACAUCAAGUUAUUAUAAAUUUGCUGAAGCUGCCAUACUUGUCUUUUCUUUAGAUAAUGCAACAUCAUUCCAUUGCUUGUCACAACAUUUGUUGGACAUUGUUACGUAUGCAGAAAAUGCAAAAAUAUUUCUAUGUGGUAACAAGUCCGAUUUAGAGGGAGCUAAUCCACAAGUAUCAGAUGAAGACAUGGAAAAUUUUUGUGAGCAAUGCCAUAAUUUAAUAAGUGCCACAUACAAAACCUCUUGUAAAACGGGAGCUGGUGUUGAAGAAAUGUUUUUGGAUAUAUCAACACAUCUUCUUGAAAGUAAUAAGUCACGAAUUGAAUUACAGCGAUUAGAGCAACACGGUUUUAAAAUAAUACCUUCAGAAGAAUCUGCUGAUCCGUCCUGUUAUUGUUAG